UUUAAGGGAAUUUUCCUAGCUUUUCGUAUAUGUGUUAGUAAAUUAAUUACUAUAGUUGUUUCAGCUAGAGGAGAUAAUUAUUUUGAGGAGGUACAAGGUCAAGCAAGGCUAGGAGACUACGAUCCGAUUACGUACCAUUUUAGGGGUGCAGACAAGUCUUUUGUAGAUGCUUUAUAUACAGAGUUUCAGAAGCAGAACCUAAAAGCUUUCCACAAUCAUGUUCAAAGCUAUGCGUGCGACAGAGAACUCCUGACUGCAGUUCAGAAUUCGAGGACUGCAGUUACUAUUCUAGGAAAUAAUUAUUCAUUUUCGCCAUGGUGUUAUGAUGAGCUUGUACGUAUUCUUGAAUGCCAUGGGGAAAAAAAAACGGUGCUACCAAUUUUCUAUAAUGUCGAUCCGUCUGAUGUACGAAAUCAAACAGGGAGUUUUGGAGAAGCCUUUGCUAGACACACAGAAACAUACAAGGACGGCCCAGACAAGGUUAAAAGGUGGAGAGCCGCUUUAACCGAAGUAGCAAGCCUCUCUGGGUGGGAUUCAAGGGGCCGGCGCGAAUCAGAGCUCAUUCAAGAUAUUGUUGAUGACAUAGGGAGGAAAUUGCACCCAAAGCUUCCUUCUACUGUCCCCUCUUCUUCGAUACUGGCUAAAACCUCAAAACCUUAUUGUUCUCAUUUGUCUUCUCAAAGAUGGAAGUAUGAUGUGUUUAUGUCUUUUAGAGGCAGAGACACCCGCCUGAAUAUUGUGGAUCACAUAUACCAUUCAUUGAAGCAGACAGGAAUUACCACCUUUAGAGAUGACAAAGGGCUUGACCGAGGACUAUCUAUUUCCUCAGGACUUGUAAAAGCAAUUGAAGAAUCACAGAUUUCCCUCGUCACUCUUUCAGCAGACUUUGCUUCUUCAGCUUGGUGCCUGGAUGAGCUUGUGCAGAUUCUUAAAUGCACAGAAACAUCUAACUUGCAGAGGAUUCUCGAGGCCUUUACAGAACAUGAAGAAGCAUCGUCAUUCAUGGUCGGUGUCAAGUGUAACACAAGGGAUAGGAAAAUAAGUAAAAUCAGAAUUUCGGUUCACUAUGGUGGAAAGUGGGAUAAUACUGCAUACACUGGUGGUAAUGCGACAGAGAUAGUGGUGUCAAAGGACAUUACUUGUGAGGAGCUUCUAGAUAGAGUGUAUUGUAUCGUCGGGAUAGAUCCAGAUGAGUAUGAGAUCAUAAUGAAGACUACAGAUGAAUCAGAAUUGCCUGCUCAACCAGUACAGAUAGCCGAUGAUGAGGACUUGGCAUUUUUCAUAGAACGAAGUCUACGUUUGGAUAAGAGGUCGAAGAUGAAUAUUCUUAAACCCCGAGUAUCUUCUUCUAGAACUAGAAGGAAAAUGAAUAAGCUUAGACUUUUGGUUAACUAUGAUGGGAAGUGGAGCAAUUCUACAUACUUUGGUGGUAAAACGAAAGGAAUUAUGGUUUCAGACAGCAUUAUAUAUGAAGAACUUGUGCAGAGACUGUAUUGUAUUCUUGGGGUAGAUCCCAGUGAAUACAAGAUCAUAAUAACGACAGCAUAUGCAUCAAAACUACCAACCCAACCGGUGCAGCUAAGUGAUGAUGAUGACCUGAGAUUUUUUAUUGAGGAGAGUCUGUCAUUGGACGAGGGCUCGAAAAUUCCUUUGUGCAUCACUCUCCGACGACAGUUUUAUCGUUGGCAUCAUUUUUCAUCUUCGUUUGUUCUUGUGCUUUCCUUUCUGUUGCUUGUCUUUGUGACUGUCUCCUACAAUGCCUUUCUGAGUACCCGAGCCCUAGAUUGCAAGCUAUGAAAAAAAAUUAGUUCAUUGUUAUUGUACUGGUCACUGUUGUUUAACAGAAUAAUGUAGCCCUAUAUGGUUUUCUAUUUCAAAUUAGUUUCCAAUUCCUGCAAAUUAUUUUCUUGCACUGAGCAAUUUUAUUUUUCUCGCACUUAACGUGCAUUUAAAUUUCUCGCAAUUCAUUUUGCAGAGUAUUGUAACGUAUUACUUAUCAAUUCAACCAUUUGGCUGGUU